AUGUCUUCGUCGUCAUCGUCGUCGUCGUCUUCGUCGUCGUUGUCGUUGUCGUCGUCGUCUCAAAAUUUCAUUCGAUACAACAGUCAUGGCAAUAGAGACGAGACGCUGCAUCCAGGAUUCAAUUUCCGCACACCACUGUCUAAUCAGGAAGACCACAAUUCGGGAGCCAUUGAGUACCAUAACGAAACUCACGAUAACCAUGGCGUAAACUCGUAUGCUUGGCAAUUCCGUGGGUGCUUUGACGCGGACUUGACGGAAGACUCCGCAGACACCGCGGGCACUAUCACAGACAUGGACGUCACUGCCAACACGCCCAAUUCGCUUUCUCCAAGCUUGACGUCCACUUUUGUAUCCGGAUCCGAACCUUCUCUACGGCCCGUGCUGGACAUGGCUGGCCUGGCGUUGGAACGCACCUGUCCCAUGCCGGACAUGGACAACGAAUCAGACCUUUCAAGCUAUUCGCCAGCAGAACUAACCUUACAUCACAAUGCUUUACCAUUGAGCAGAUCGCAAAUCAGCACCCCGGCCGUUACCGUAAUAAAGUCAGAACCGGGUGUUUUGCAACUACCGCAUCAAACUCCAAAGACUAUCAAGCCUGCUAACCGAUCCUGUCGCAACGUUUGGUGCGAAAAAAGCGAUAUUGCUCUUCUCAAGACCAUGCUGCGCAGCCAAGAUCUUCUACACAACGUAUUCAAGCGUCGGCCUCGCAGCCGUUACUGGGCUUGCAUUAGUGAAAGCCUAGCGACGGAAAACAAUAUGCACAGGAAUAAACGUCAAUGCCGCGACCGUUUCAAUCUCAUCUACUGGAAAGCGGUUCGCGACAAGCAUCAAGACAAGCCAGCUGGCAACAAGAGCGAACUAGAAAAAUUGAAAGCCGAAUGCAUGUGUCGUUUCUACAUCGACAAGGACAACAAUGUCAUGUUAAGAACACCGGAAGAUUCCGAUGACUUUCCCUUAUUGAAGAAAGACACCGAAAAGGGCGAAAUAUCGACCUCGGAGAAAAAUCCAUGGCAUGUUUUCGCUCAACUACAGAAAACCGUCGUACAACUAACGGCCAAAUUCGAUAGUCUCCAUGAGGAGUUAAACUCUCAAAGAGAGAUAAUCAGACACUACGAGCAAAAUCACGCUUAUAAUCUACACGAACAGCACCAACAACAACAGCAACAGCAACAGCAACAGCAACAGCAACUACAGUCACAGGCAGAGCUAUCGUCACGUCCCGACUACGAUCGUUACGCCGGCGAUCAAAGCAUUGCACACAGCAUCCGGUGGUAA